GCAGCAACCGAGUAACACGCCGAUCGUAACUGCCGAGAAUGAUCUUUGAAUUAGUAGCAGUACAAACUGCUGGGAAACCAUCCCCCGUUCCCAUCUCCUCAGUUGACUGGCCCAGUCGCCCAGCAACACUCAAGAGUCUCAAGUAGAUCAUAACUCACAGUAAAUACCUAACCGGCUGCCAGCAAUCAUCAUGGCUCCCGCUGAACCCAACGCCCUGCCAUUCCGGGCCAAAGCGGAAAUACCGCAUUUUGCGGAGGAGCGGGAUGGCUGGAAAGGCUACGUCGAAUGGGAGAAGUAUCCGGAGAAGAAGAAGCAGGUGCAAGAGCUGAUGAAGAAGUAUGAUUUUCCCGAUCCACCCGAGUUCCAGUUGGUCCCUUUGCCCAAGACGAAUCCCGUCCUCACCGGCGAGCGGUGGAAGCAGUAUCACUAUGCUUGUGGGCUCGACUACAUCCCCAGGGACAGCUGGGACACGGUGCUCAAAGAGAAGUCGGCCGACAUGAUCCAUGUGCUGCAGUUCCCGUACAACGGCGAGCCACCGGGUGAUCGACUCAUCGAGACCGAGAUGACGGACAACAAGGACUUCUUCGUCCGGAACCACGGCGGCAUCCCAGACAUCGACGCCGACCAGUUCACGCUGGACAUCGAAGGGCUGGUCAAGAACCCCAGGACGCUGGCGCUGGCGCAGCUGCAGGACGAGACGCUCUUCCCGCGGCAGAGCAACAUCGUGACGCUGCAGUGCUCGGGCACGCGGCGCAUUGAGCAGAUCCACGAGUACCCGGGCGACGGCGACGAGCUGAUCAACGCGCCGUGGGGCGAGGGCGCCAUCAGCACGGCGCGCUGGACCGGCGUGAGCCUCAAAAGGGUCAUCAAGUACUGCGGCGGCCUGGUGGACGGCGCCGACAACAUCGAGUUCUACGGCGCCGACACGUACUUCAAGAAGGGCAACGUGCACAACUACGUUGUCAGCGUGCCGUGGCGCAAGGUCAAGGUGCACGAGGUGCUGCUGGCCUGGGAGAUGAACGGCCAGCCGCUGCCCAAGAUCCACGGCUACCCGCUGAGGGCGGUGGUGUUCGGCUACAUCGGCGCCCGCAGCUGCAAGUGGCUGUACAAGAUCCGCGCCAUCAAGCAUCCGAGCACGGCGCCGGUGCAGAUGAAGGAGUACCUCUACUACACGCCGCAGGUCGGCAAGCAGAACGCCCAGUACAGCAACGGCUUCUCCAUCCAGGACAUGCCCGUCAGCUCGGCCAUCAUCAGCCCCAAGAACAUGGACCAGAUCAUCCACGACGGCAAAAUCACCCUCAAGGGCUGGGCCUACUCCGGGGGCGGGCACUGGCCGGUCCGCGUCGAGGUCAGCGGCGACGGAGGGUCCAUCUGGUACGAGGUGCCGGCCGAGAACAUGAGCACCAAGUACUUCCACGCCUGGCGGCUCUGGAAGAUGGACCUCCCUGUCGAUGCCGAGGGCUGGCUGGAGUUUUGCGUGAGGACGUGGGACAAUGCCAUGAAUACGCAGCCCACAUACGUGCGGAGCGCUUGGAACUGGGAUCUGCACGUCACCUCCUCCUGCCACCGUGUCAAAAUCUACAGCAUCAACAGGUCGAGACCGGCGACGGCGGCGAGGCUGAAGCAGCUGGAAGCCAACAACAUCCCAAUCGUGCCGAUUACGCGCCCGAUGCCCUUUGACUUGGAGACGGACGACGAGUAUCAUACGGCAAUGCAGUCGAGAGCGUGGCGUGAUCCGCUUGAGUAGGUUGGUCUGACGGUGCUGGGCAGCCUGCAGGCAGCAGUCUCUUGCUCGCGAUUGCCGUACGUGGGCGGUACGUGUAGUGUUAGGACAAGGUUUCAGUGGCCCUCUUUCUAAGAUGAACAGAGCCAGGGGUAGCUUUUCAAGUUCUCCAUGAUGCCAAUCGACCAGUAACUUAGCUUAGGCAAGAACUUGAAAUUGUCUUCAGUUUGGCCAAAAUCUUUGAAUAUCGGUCGGGAACCAACUCCAACUAAACUGUCUAACUACUAGUAGUAUCAUGACCAAACACCGAUAGGAUGGUGCCUC